AUGGCACCUGUAAAAAUCCCUCCCGGAAAGUUGAAUGCGGCUUCUGGGAAACUCAACGCCGACUUUGCUGCUAAAUUAUCUCUCAAUCUUACGGUACGUUUAUUUUUGCUGGCGGCCGACAAGUUCUAAGUUUUAGCGGUAGAAUCCUCAAAAGUUUGUUUCUACCAAGAUUUUUUGGGAAGCAUAGUACAAUAGCAAUCUAUAGCGCACCCUAAUCGCAGAAGAAAUAAGGAAUUUUUCCAUUUGAUUUUGAAAAUAUGGGUUAAAAUACAUACAUCGACUACUCUAACUAGGGAACGUUUUUCAUCCCCCGGUUCAACUUUUACUGAAACUUUUCUGAAGUGUACUUUAGAACCCCCUGAUUCUAGAACAAGAAGAAAAACUCUCGCAAUAGAUCUCGUUUUCGAGUAAAGACACUCCAAAAGCUCAAAAAGGCGCUUUUUUGGCCUAAUGUGCGUAUUUUGCGGACUUCGAAGCUCCAUAACUCGGAAACAAGAUCUAUUGCGAGAAAUGUUUUUCUUGUUCUGGAAUCAGGGGCUCCUAGAGUAUACUUCAGUGAAGUUUCAGCAAAAGUUCAACCGGGGGGGUAAAAAAACGUUCCCUGGUAAGGUGAAAAUCUGGGCUUGAAAGAGAAAAUCAAAAAAGUGAAAAUGAAGGGCUUCUAAUGGCAUCUCAGUAUUUUUCCCUAAAAAUUUCCGUUUUCACCUAUUUCAGAAUAUUAUCUGUUAUUUACGAAAACAAACUUUGAAAAAUGAAUCUGUCUAACAAAACGAAGGUGUCGCUCAAAAAAUUUCCACGAUCCUUCGAGCUCGAUAGUCAACAAAUUUUUUCAGGCUGGACCCAAGAUUCCGAUCGCAAAAAAUGCGGCAAGUGCAGAGAAUAAAGAUUUUCAAUCACAAAGGAAAAUUGAUCCAGAAAACGUUCCUAACUCGACGACGGCUACUCAAGAUCAUUGGAUAAAGAUGUUAAAAGUUGGUUUCCUUGAAUCUAAUUUCAAUUAAUUGAAACAGAGCCUUUGAACUUCUGAUAACUUUAUAUCCUGUAAUUCCUUUCGAAAUGAGAUCUGAAAAAAACAGCGUUUUUGAUGAUUGGCCAAACACUUUCUGAUGAGCUAAUAUAUAUCCUAGAGUUGGGAAUUUUUCAGUCUGAAGGAGCCGAUGUCAAAAAUGAUCUACAAAUAAUUUUUAAGUGGGAGUUAAAUCAGCUCAUUAGGAUAUCUUGACUUUUUGACACAAUUCAGGACUUAUCAGUGAAAAAAACCAGUCAAAAAGAGUGAUCAUCAUUUACCAUUGGGUGCAGAAUGGAAGGAGAUAUUCGAGACCUGCUCUACCGCCAAACGCAAUAAGAAACUUCAAAAAAAUAAUUUUGAGUCGGCUUCCUACUUCAGCGAGAAAAAAAUAAUUUUUCUUUUUCUCAAAAAGAAAAAAAACUUUUUAGUUGUGUAAAUAAGAACAAAAAAUGGAAAUCUCAACUUGAGCAAACACUUUUCAACAUCUCUCGCCUUUUUGAUUUCUAACUUCUUCUCAUUUUUCAGUCCCGUCCAAGGAAACCAAAAUCACUGCGCGAUCAGAAACCCUCAAAGGAUGUCGGCUUGCAAAUGUAGUUUUUUUAUUUUUUUAUUUUCAAACGAAUGAAAUUUUUGCUUUUUUUAGAUUCAUUUUUUUAAAUAGCUCACUCUGCCGGUUCAGAAAUGGGUAUUUCGCCUUCACAAGAUAG